AUUUUUUAAAUUAAAAUCACUACCAGGCUGGUUCACAAGCAUUUGGGCAUUCCUUUGUCUCACUUGAAGUGUUUGUUAAAUGGUGUUGGAAAUCCAGGAGAAACAGCAGAGCUAGAACAAGGUUAGGAGUGGCAAAUAGGUUUCAACUUGUUCCUCAGCUCCCGUUUGUUUGACUGGAUAUCUGGCGUGCCAAGUUCAGAGUGCUUCUGAGGCUAUGUUUAGGCUUUGCAGAAAAGAGACAUGAUCAAUUAAAGCUGUCUGCCAGAGGCCUGGCAUGAGGGGUGCUGUGGUAUGUGUGCCAUGCAUUUUCCAUCUCUGGACCAGGUGCAUCUCUAAUAUCGCUUGGGGCUGGUCCCUCAGCAGGCCUGACUGGCGAGGGAAGUCCCAAUGGUGCUAGAAUGGUGCUGCAGUGGCAGAAGACGGCUCACGAGUGAGGUCUCUGGAAGAACCACAGGGAAGACAUCCAUCAUUUGCUCCAAAGUUGUGCAAGUCAAAUCCUGGGGAGAAUCAUGAUAACCCUGAUCACUGAGCAGCUACAGAAGCAGACUCUGGAUGAGCUGAAAUGCACACGCUUCAGCAUCAGUCUGAAGGUGCUUCCUGGAGGGGCCUGCCCCACUGUUCCUGUGCCGAGAUCCAGGACAGCCUCAACUUCAGCUACCACCCCUCAGGCUUGAGCCUGCACCUCAGACCACCCAGUCGGGAAAGCUCCCCACAGGAGCAGCCUCUCUCCCAAGUCCUAAGCCCUGACCCCCCAGACCCAGAGAAGCUUCCUGUGCCCCCUGCCCCUCCAUCCAAAAGGCACUGCCGUUCGCUCUCAGUGCCCGUGGACCUGUCUCGCUGGCAGCCGGUGUGGCGGCCCGCCCCCUCCAAGCUGUGGACUCCCAUCAAGCAUCGGGGCAGUGGUGGAGGGGGUGGGCCGCAGGUGCCUCACCAGAGCCCCCCAAAGCGGGUCUCCAGCCUCAGGUUCCUCCAAGCUCCCAGUGCCUCUUCUCAAUGUGCCCCAACCCACAGGCCCUACAGCCCUCCUUUCUUCAGCCUGGCCCUGGCCCAAGAUUCUUCUCGACCCUGCGCCGCCUCCCCUAGAAGUGGCUCCUGGGAAAGUGAUGCUGAGUCCCUCUCGCCUUGCCCACCCCAGCGCCGCUUCUCCCUGUCACCCAGCCUGGGCCCACAGGCAAGCCGCUUCUUGCCCUCAGCCCGGAGCUCUCCCGCGUCCUCCCCAGAGCUGCCCUGGCGACCCCGAGGUCUACGCAACCUUCCCCGAAGCCGCUCACAGCCUUGCGACCUGGAUGCCCGGAAAACUGGCGUCAAGCGACGCCAUGAAGAGGACCCCCGUCGGCUGCGGCCUUCCUUGGACUUUGACAAGAUGAAUCAGAAACCAUACUCAGGAGGUCUUUCUCUCCAAGAAACAGCCCAGGAAGGCAGCAGCGUCUCUCCACCAUGGUUCAUGGCCUGUAGCCCCCCACCCCUCUCUGCUUCCUGCAGCCCCGUUGAGGGUUCCUCCCAGGUGCUGAGUGAGAGCGAAGAGGAGGAGGAGGAGGAAGAGGGGUCUGUGCGGUGGGGGCGGCAGACGCUAAGCAAGCGGACACUGUGCCAGCAGGACUUUGGGGACCUGGACUUGAAUCUCAUUGAGGAGAACUAAAACUGCAAGGCUGCUUCCUGGGGCCACACAGACUGAUUCUCUUAUGGCUACUAACAAGUGUCGAGGCCCCAAGGCUGGGGGCCCAGCCUGGGAAUGGGGGUGAGUGGAGGGCUCCGACUCAGGGCAGCCGGAAAUCUUCUCCAGCAAGCUCGACCAUGCCAAGAGAUUGGCCGGGACAAGAUAAAUGAAGCUGGUGGCGGGAGGGACAGCCCCAGAGCAGACCCUUGCCGUGGCGGCCCUGAGUGUGAGUAUCCCUGCCACCAAGAGAGCGCUGGGCAGGGAAGGAAGGGGUCUGCUGACCCCACCUCGGGGAAUUUCAUUAGCCCCUUUGCUUCAAAGGGCACUUGUGUCUUAGAAUUUGGCCAGGGUGGGGGGGUUUGGCCUCCUUGGAGAAAUUGCGUGAGAGUGUGUGUGUGUGCAUGGGAGUGUACUUGAAGAAUGGUGUGUUUGUGUAGCCUUAGGGAAGGAAAGCAGUUGCUCCUUAACGGCAGAGCAUCAUUGACACCCCCAGGGUCUUGCAUUUUGAUAGGACCCUGAGCUUGUUCAAGGAGUCAAGAGGAGGACUCCCACGUUUUCCUUUUUUCUAAACAGCUCUGGAGGCUGGCUGGUAAUCCAUGGCAUCACUGGCUCUGCAGAAAAUUCCAUGUUGGGGGUGUAGCAGGGUCUGUUUCAGUGCUCUGCACUCAGCUAGAGAGUCUUUUUCUCGACCCCAGCCCAUCCACUCAAGGUGGACCUAGUGUUGUUGGCUACAAGGGAUUGCCGUGCUUAAUCAGCUGGCCUUGUUUCUCACCAGGACCUCUAAGCUGUGUCCAGCCUGCCUCUUCUCAUUCUUGUGUGUGACUACACCUGGACAACGGAGGCAUGGUUGAAGGGCUCUGUGUGUCUUCUCUAAGCGGACCCUUCUCUUUUUUCCCCUCACCGUCUGACAUCCCAGGUGUGAAACAAGGUAGAAAGGCCAUAUAACUGGUCCCCAGCAUCCUCUGAGGCAGCCCCUCUGCAGGGGAAGGGGCACUGAGUCCCUGAGAGAUGGGACAGCUCACUCCAGCCCUUCUCUCUGGAAGCAGACUGAUGAGAAACCUAUUCUUACAAGAUCCGGAUGCAGCCUCUUUUGCAACCUGCUUAAGAAAGAGGAAGGGGUGUACAGCAUUUAAUGGUUUGCUUGUCUUCCACUCCUGCCAGGAAAUGUUUAUUUGCUUGUUAAUUGGCCUUGAGGGACCACAGGAAGGUUGGGGCUCACUGAGGGAUUGGCUGAGAAUGUGGAAAGCAAAGGCUGUGAGAAGCAGUUGGGAGUUUAUUGUUGUUGGAUUGAAUUUCUUUUUUCGUUUCUCACCCACAAUUUGAGCCAGGGCAGCAGGUUCCAGUGGCCACAGCGAUGGGCUUAAGGAUGAGAGGUGGUGGCUUGAUAGGACUGGUAUCAGGAGAAAUGCAAACUGAAGCUGCUGUCCCAAGUAUUUGUGGGGCUUUAUCCAGCUUUGGUUAGAUCCAGCAAGACCAAAUUGUACUUGCCCUUCCUAUUUAUUGCAAGAAGGGCAUGCUUUUUUUCUCUUCAAUUUUCAGGAUCUCUUAGGACCCAGUUCCCCAUGUUAGGGAAGACGACCAAGGUCUUUGUUUUCUUCCUAGUGGAAUUGAACCUAACAUUUUCUGGGUCUCCCACGUGUCUCAUAGGGGCACCCGUGAGGCUUCAGCCUCGUGGCCUUCACUCCAGAGGGGCUGGCUGGAUGUGUUAAAGCUUCUGGCCCCCAGAGGUUCUCCCCUUCUAGGGCUCCUCCCCAUCUCCUGGCUAGUUACCAUGUGUCACCACUGGGCUGCCAGCUCUCCAGAGGCCUGUAAGAGGCUCUAGAGAAUCCAGAGGAGCUGUGAGCCCAGGAGUUGCCCAUCCUUGAUUUCAUCCCUCUCCUGACUCUUCAGGCCAUAAUUUCCUUGGUGCCAGCUGCUUUUUGUCCCUGGGCCCUCUGCUGCAGAUUGGCUGUAGUAGGCCACUGGCUGUGCCAAUGGGAUACCUGACAGCCCCUAAGCUAAAGAAGUGAGGGCAGGAACUCUGCCUCCAUCAAGGCUUCCCCAGAGCCCUUGUGCACCAUGCUUCCACGGGGAGAUCUACAGUUACUGUGUUGUAAUUCUGUUACUUUAAGUCUGGAAAGCUUAACUAGUCAAACUAUCAUCUGCUUCCCAAUCUCAGCACCUGUGGCUCUGGAACAAGCCUUUUCAAGAAGUGGUUCACUUUGCUUUACACAGUAGAUCUGUUUGAACAGUUCUGUGUAAUCCAAAUGCUUUUUUUUUUCUUUUUUUUUAAUGCUUUUGGACUGCUAAUAAUUUAAAAGCAGCCUAUGAUUGCUUCUUUUGUAAAGCAAGCAACUUCCCUCUAUUUUAGCUGUUUUGACUCUUUGGAUUUCACAUAUUGGGCUUACCCAGAGCGGCACACAGCUCCAGGGCUGGUGGUUGACGCUGGGUGGACGUCUGCAUCUGUGCUGUGUGUG